AUAUUUUCAUAAAAUUUUUUUUUGUUUCAAUCCUGUUUCACAUUUUCGAUCCUAAGAAAUUUACAAUAGCAUAAAAAAAAAACACCUGAAAAAAUAAAAACUCCGAAUGUCGUACUUCCGUCUAUCAUCUGUACUCAAUAACUGUGUAGUUUCGUUUGUUGGGCGAACAAAUGGCGUUCGAUUGGGUGUGAAUUCCGUAAGCAAACGAUUCAUCAAUUAUAGGAAGGAUUGUGCCAUACGCAUUGAACCACGUUGCAGUGAAGAGAAUAUAAAAAAAUCGAAAUGUAUGAAGGACAAGUUGGCAGAUGCUAAGAACAAAAAGAAAGAAUAUCCAUUUAAAAAUCUUAUUUACCGUCCUGAAUGUUGUGUGGAUAUUUGCCCUGAUCCCUUUCCCCGUUUUGACGAUCUUUACUAUAAGGAGUCGGAUAAAAAAACACGCAUAUAUAUGCGAACAUGGGCAAAUUGUGAACCACCUCCACCACCAAAGAAACUUACUUGUCGUUUUAAAAAGACAUUAUUGCCACUUAACAAGCGGGAGGAGCUACCUGACGUGGCCUGUUGGCAACCAUGCGAGCCUAAGGGUCCUAAGAAAUGUACCAGAAUCUGUUUGCCGGGCUGCAAAAAAGCUCGUCAUCCAUCUAAAUGUUUCGUGAUCAAAAAGCCGUCAGAUUGCAAAAAGCGAUGUACUAAAUAUCCUAGCUUCUCGGAAUGUAAGCGUCCACCACUAAGGAAAGGACGCCCAGUUGAAUGUAACUGCCUGAAAGCUGCCUCAUUAUGUGAGGUCUUCAAUUAUCUAAGAAAAUUAACAGAGAGGCCAAAAGAUUGAAGUCCAUUCCUAUUGAGUAUACUCUACCGACUAUGUUUUUUCCUGUGAAUGAUCUUGCUUUAUGUAAGGUACCUGCUAGAUAAAUACAAAUCAUGCAGUUUCUAUCUAUGAAGUACAACUGACAGAUGACUGGUUCUGCAACAUGUGAGGCAAUUUAGUGUAGUCAACUGACUAGGUUCUUACGUGUGACUGGUCUUGCAAUACGUGAGGUACCUAC